GGAACACUCCACUGGGGGAAGGUAGAGAAGAUGAAGCAGAACCAGCAAAGAAGCUUAGCAGGAGCAGCCAGGAGGUGGGAGGAAACCAAGAGAGUAUGAGCACUUAGGAGCCAAGGGGAACAAGCAUCAAAUGCUGCUGUGAGGAGGUGAGACUGGAGAACAAACUACUGGAUUCAGCAGUAUGCAGGUCUCUGAGGGCUCUGACAAGGGCAGUUUUAUGGAGAGAGGAACAAGCUCAACUAUGAUAGGUAGAAGAGAGAGUAGAGGUGAAGAACUGGAGAGAGCAAGUGUAGACAACCUUUUAGAAAUUGACUUCUAACAUAAAUAAAAUGAUUAGACAACUCUCAAAGGUACAGCUCCAUAAAUGUUAAAAUCUGUAGACACCUGUGCAACUGUCACCCAGAUUAAGAUACAGAAUAUCACCAGCCACUCCAGGAGGCCACUUUGUGCCCCCUCCAGUUGAUAUCCCCAAAGAUGACCACUGUUUUUAUUUCUGUCACCAAGGAUACUUUUAUUUGUCAAAUGUAGACAGCUUUUGAGAGAUUCUGUUGAUGGCUGGGCUCAGAUUUUAUAGGCAGAUAAUGUUCUAAUGGUGAGUGGACAGCUGGGGUUCAGAUUCUGUGGGGUAGCAGGUCCUGGGCACACUUUUCUUGUGUGCUGUGCUUGCUCUGUCUCCAAGACUGCAUGGCCAAGACUUCGGUCUUGAGCCUCAGUUUCCCCAUGUGAAGCUUGAUCCUUCUCCCCUCACAUCUCCUUCAGAUUGUAGUCAUGAAUAGGAGAAUUCAUGGGGAGCAGUGAAAAUUGGGGGUGUUCCAGGCCUUUUGAUGCCUGUCUAGAGCCUAGAGCUCAGUCACCAGGGAUGGGUGGGGCUAGGAUCUUGGAAGCCCAGGAGUCCCGCCUGUUUGAGCAACUAACCUGGCAACUAGCCUGGCAACAGGGUGGGCCUGACAAACACGUCUGGCUUUCUGGAGUCUCUGCAGUCUAUCUUCAGGCCACUAUGGUGCUGCUCAGGCCCCUGGUGCUUCUUGUUGCUUUGGUUGUCUCUGACCUCCAUUGCCUGCCCUGGUUCAUAAAUGUCUCUGAGAGCCAGGGACCUGGUACCAUCCUUCAGUCUUUCUUCUUCAACUGCUCUUCAUACAUACCCACCCUGAAGUUGCUCCAUGUGCAGCCACCCACCAACUUCUUCAACCCACCCAGCCUGACCAGGUGGCAGGGGAUCUAUGUGGCCAAGAUAACCUUGAGCAGCUCGGCCCAGCUGGAUGCCCUGGUAGUGAACCACUAUGAGCUGCAGCUGCAGUUCACAUGUGGCAACCAUACGAUGGAGGGACCACUCUCUGUGGAUGUGCAGCGGGACCCUGGUCACAUCCAGUGUGCUGGGAGAUUUGCCAGCCCAGCUGGGGAAAUCAUUCAGGUGCCAGAAAUGGUCACACCUGGGGCCCGGCUGUACACUCUGCUGCUCCCAGGCAUGGAACUCCAGGGAGCCCAGAUGAGCAUCACCAGUGCCCAGGACCCUCCAUACUUCCCUGGACAUUUCUCCAUCAAUGGGCAGGGCUGGCUGCAGGCACCGUCCCAGGGCCUCAAAGGACAAGCUCAAAAGGUCUUCCAGCUUCAGAUUCUGGUGAACUUUGGACAAGGCCAAAGCUGCCAUGGGAUGCUGAUUGUGAAAGUUUUGCCUGCUCCCUCCAGCCAGGUCUCCUUCCUGGAGCAAACUCAGAAUAUCACCAUCCCUGAGAACCUCGUCCCUGGGAGUAAGGUGGUUCAGGUCCAGGCCCGGGGCUUCGAUGUGCGCUACGAAAUCCUCUCCCCGAUGCCCUGCCCGCUCUUCUCCAUUGGAUGCGUCGACGGCCUGGUCCGGACCACCGCGCCACUUGAGCUGGCGCAAGCCCCAGGCGCUGCGGUCACUAGGCUUCAGGUGAAGGCCUUCGAGCGGCUCUGGCCAUGGACCAGCGCCAAGCUUGAGCUCACGGUGGACGUGCAGUCAGUCAACCGCUGGCCCCCCCACUGCCUCCCAGCGAUGUUGGUGACUCAAAUCCCCGAGACCACUCCUGUGGGCACCGUGCUGAAUACCAUCACUUGCACUGACCCAGACUCUCCAGGCUCCACCCUCGACUACCAGCUGAUGUUCCACAGACCUCCUGGUACGGCCAGCCUCUGCCUUCGAGACAGAGUCCUGCAGGUGAAUGCCACACUGGAUUGUGACACUCCUGGGGCCUGCUUUCAGUAUGCAGCUUCCAUCCUGGUGCUGGAUAACGGUCAGCCCCUCAUGACCACUGAGGUGCCAGUACUCGUGAUGGUGACACCUGUCAACGAGUUCGCCCCAUCCUGUGUGCCACGCACAUUUCGGGUUCGUGAGGAUGCAAGACCCCACACUCUGCUGGGCUCUGUGCUGGGCAGUGACAUGGAUUACCCACAUGACAGCAUUGAGUUCUACAUCUCUGGUGGAUCUGCCCCCUUUGCUGUGGACCGUCUCAGUGGAGAGGUUCGCCUCCUGGGGCCUUUGGACUAUGAGCUGCAGAAAUUGUACAGGCUUACUGUCCUGCUGAGUGACCACAGCCAAGACCAGGAUCCCACCUGCCACCACUCAGGCUCCUGCACCAUAACCAUUGAGGUUGAGGAUGUGAAUGAUCAUGCUCCUGAGUGUGAGCCCCCAUUUCAGGAACUCACCAUCCACAGUCACCUGGGCCACAGUGUGGAGGUGACCAAGGUGUCAUGUCGGGUUCCCCAAGAGCCACACCGCCUGGUCUUCUCCUACAGCAUUGUGGGAGGCGAGGGCCAUGGUAGGGGUGGGCUACCAGGCUGUGGGGGAGGAGCAGGCCAAGGCCAGCAAUGGCCCCCUUCUUCUGCCACUCUGUUUUCAGGGAAUAGUCAGAGCCGAUUCAGCCUGCAAGGAGCUGUCCUGGUGUACAACGACCUCAUGUUGGGGCUCUCCUGGCCAGAGCAGCCCCAUACUUAUGAGCUCUUGAUCCAUGUGGCUGAUGCAGGUCCCUCCACCCCCCACCUCAGCACCACAACCACUGUCAUUGUUCAUCUAGUUCCUUGGACGGCCAGCACAGUGGCCACCAGCACCCACAGAGCUACAGUGUCUUCAAUGAUGACACCCCUGCUUGUGACAGACAUGGAGGCUUUCUGGCAGCCAGAGUCCUGGUUUGUGGUGGUGCUGACUGUGACAAGUGCCCUUCUCCUCCUGGCUCUGGGCUGGCUCCUCAGCAAGCUCCUUCAGGGGUUGGCCCAGGUGCUCCAGGCACCAAACAAACCAGCCCAGGCUCUGCUCCUAAACAGUAGCCAAGGAACUGAGGGACCCAUUGAGGGGUUCAUGGAGGCACAGAAGAUGGAGACAACACAAGCACCCAGCAGUGUCAUGAGCCUGCAUUUUGAUGGCAGAGCACAGGACUCCCGUACAGGCAGAGAUUACCUGUUCAACACACAUACGGGAGCCCGGCGCUGGGUCUGAGGCCAAGAAGCUGCUUCAUAUUUGUGGAAUUUCUUCUUCACAUGAUCAUGGGCUAUGUUUCAAGUUGAUUUGAUAAUAAACAAAAUUACAAACAGAA